AUGCAUCUUGUUGUGGCCCUUAUCCUGGCGGCCAGCGGCAUAACCAAUGCCCUUAACUGCAAAUGUUCUCCUUCUGACUCGUGUUGGCCAUCCGACGAUGAUUGGGCCUCUCUCAAUCACACUGUGUCCGGAAGGUUGAUUCGAACGGUCCCAGCAGCAGCCGUGUGCUACCCCGAUGAGCCCAACUAUAAUUUAGCAGCAUGCACAGCCGUGCUGGGCAACUGGACAAGAUCGGCCUUCCACGCCGCAGAUCCGGUCAGCGUCGAUGAUCCGGUUUGGUCCGACAACAGCUGUAACCCGAUCUACCCAAAUGGAACAAGCAUCACGGGCAACGCGCAUGCAGGCCAGCAGGGUUGCACCAUCGGCAACUACCCGGUCUAUGUUAUCAAUGCCACGGAAUCAGAACACAUUCAGGGCGGGAUUCGAUUCGCAAAGCAGUGGAAUCUGCGGCUGAACAUCAAAAACACUGGCCACGGGUCCGAUCGCAGCAUCAACCACGGAAGUUUAUCGUAA